AUGGCAGAACAAAAGAGUAGCAAUGGUGGAAGAGAAGUUGUUAUCAAUGUUUCAGGUGAGGAAGCAUCAAGAGUUUCUUCGAAGAUGGCUUCACCAGAGUCUGAGAAAGCAAUGCCCAUCAAUAAAACCUCUUCUCCUGAGAUCUCUAAGCUUAUUGGUAGCCCCAACAAGCCUCCUAGAUCUCCCAAUUCAAGCAAUGUGGGUCUAAUUCAGAGGAAAUCUUUUGCAAGGUCGGUUUACUCCAAACCGAAGUCCCGGUUUGUGGAACCAUCUUGUCCUGUAGACACAAGUAUCCUAGAGGAGGAGGUUAAAGAACAACUUGGUUCUGAUUUCUCUUUUAAAAGAACUUAUUCCACAAGGAGUGUUGGUUCCACAACACCGCUUACUCCAAGUAAAGCUGCUGUUGAGGCUGAGAAAGAUGAAGAUGAAGAGAUCUACAAGAAGGUGAAGCUGAGCAAAGAGAUGCGCGGAAAGAUAAGUGCACUGACAUUAAUAGAGAUAGCUUUCUUUAUAGCGGUCUUAAGCUCUUUAAUCGCUAGCUUAACCAUCAAGGCCCUGAAAAGACAUAACUUCUGGGGGUUAGAAGUGUGGAAAUGGUGUGUGCUUGUGAUGGUAACGUUCAGUGGAAUGCUAGUAACGAACUGGUUCAUGCGUUUCGUUGUUUUCCUCAUAGAAACAAACUUUCUUUUAAGAAGAAAAGUGUUGUACUUCGUGCAUGGUUUAAAGAAGAGUGUUCAAGUCUUUAUAUGGCUCAGCUUGAUCCUUGUCGCUUGGGUGUUUCUCUUUAACCACGACGUGCAUCGUUCCCCUGCAGCUACCAAGAUCCUCAACGCUAUAACAAGAACUCUCAUCUCUCUUCUCACAGGAUCUUUCCUCUGGCUGGUGAAAACACUUUUGUUAAAGAUCUUAGCAGCGAACUUCAACGUUGUUAACUUCUUUGAUAGGAUUCAAGACUCUGUGUUCCAUCAGUACGUGCUUCAGACUCUCUCUGGUCCUCCACUCAUCGAGGAGGCGGAGAGAGUGGGACGUGAGCCAAGCACAGGACAUUUGAGUUUCGCUAGUGUGGUGAAAAAGGGAGAGGUUAAAGAGAAGAAAGUGAUUGAUAUGGGGAAAGUUCAUAAGAUGAAACGAGAGAAAGUUUCUGCUUGGACAAUGCGUGUUUUGAUGGAUGCUGUUAGGACUUCUGGUCUGUCUACGAUCUCUGACACGUUGGAUCAGACAGCUUAUGGUGAUGGGAAAGAGAAAGGUGAUAGAGGAGAGAUUACUAGUGAGAUGGAAGCUUUGGCUGCUGCUUAUCAUGUGUUUAGAAAUGUUGCUCAGCCUUGCUUCAAUUUCAUAGAGGAGGAAGAUUUGCUUAGGUUCAUGAUUAAGGAAGAGGUUGAUCUUGUGUUUCCUUUGUUUGAUGGUGCUGCUGAGACUGGUAAAAUCACUAGAAAAGCUUUUACAGAAUGGGUGGUUAAGGUGUACACUAGCAGAAAAGCUCUAGCACAUUCCUUAAACGACACGAAAACAGCGGUUAAGCAGUUAAACAAACUUGUGACAGCGAUCUUGAUGGUGGUUACACUUGUCAUAUGGCUGCUGCUUCUAGAAGUAGCAACGACUAAAGUUUUGCUCUUCUUCUCCACUCAAAUGGUGGCUCUGGCUUUUAUAAUCGGAAACACUUGCAAAAACCUCUUUGAAUCCAUUAUCUUUGUCUUCGUUAUGCAUCCUUAUGAUGUUGGUGAUCGCUGCGUUGUCGACGGCGUCCCGAUGCUGGUUGAAGAAAUGAAUCUGUUAACCACGGUGUUCUUGAAGCUUGACAACGAGAAAGUGUAUUAUCCAAACUCGGUUUUAGCAACGAAACCGAUAAGCAACUACUUUAGAAGUCCUGAUAUGAGUGAAACAGUGGAGUUCUCUAUAGCGUUUUCAACACCAAUCUCAAAGAUAGCACAUCUCAAAGAAAGAAUCGCUGAUUACUUGGAGCAGAAUCCACAUCAUUGGUCACCGAUACACACGGUGGUGGUUAAGGAGAUAGAGAACAUGAACAAGCUGAAGAUGGCUCUAUACAGCAACCACACCAUCACGUUUCAGCAAUAUAGUGAGAGGAACAUCAGAAGAACCGAACAGGCUUUGGCUAUUAAGAAAAUAUUGGAGGAUCUUCACAUUGAUUAUAGUCUCCUUCCUCAACAUGUUCAUCUCACCAAGUCCGAUAAAAAUUGA